AUGAAUCAAUCAUAAUAAUUAUCUCCUUCUGAUCAAGGUAAUACCUACUUAUCAAAUUAAGAUUAAAUAAAAAUACAUUGUUCUAAUAUAGACGUUAUAGAAAAUGAAAAGUAAUAUGAUUUAUCAAAUGAAGAAAUAUAAUUAAUAUUAAGUCAAUAAAGUAAUAAUAUAGAAGAAGAAAAAGAUAAAAACAUAUAAUAAUGCCAAACAUAAUUAUAGACAAUGUAAUAAUAAUUAAUAGCAACUUAAUUAUAAAUUGGUCAAAAUAAGAUUACAUCCGAAUAAAUAAAAAGAAAAUCAUGUCUUCUAUUCUAUACAUAAAUGAGUUUUUUAUAAAACAAGCAAGAAUUAAUAUAAUAGGAAUAAAAAUCCGAAGAAAUCGUCAAAAUAGAACUCGAAUAAAAAUAAUUAGAAGAAUAAGAAUAAAAAUUAACUUAAGAAUAAGUUCUUUUACAAUAACAAGAAUAGGAAAUAAAGGAAAAGCUUGAAUAAUAAAAAGCCGAAAUGGAAAAGCUUGAAUAAUAAAAAGCCGAAGCCGAAAAAAUAGCAAAAUAAUAAGCAAAUACAAUCCCUUGA